GGCGCACUGGGAGGACGCGCCCUCGCCGUUGCCCGGCGCCCUCGCCUCCCGCGUGGGGAGGCAGUGAGGGAGGCCCGGCACAGCUGCCCAGCGGCCAAGGGAUGAGCUGGGGCCCGCCUUCCCAAUGGCAUCUCCCCCUGGUCUGGAACUGAAGACACUGAGCAAUGGUCCCCAGGCCCCAAGGAGACCAGCUCCUCUGGGUCCAGCGGCCCCACGCAGGGAGGGUGUGGAGAAUGCCUGCUUCUUUUCGGAGGAGCACGAGACUCAUUUCCAGAACCCUAGGGAUGCCAGACUGGGCAGCUCCCCCAGCCCCCCUGAGGGCGUCCCCUCAUGGCCCCGAUCCCAGAGGGACGACCUGUCCCUGCGUUCAGAAGAGGGGCCAGGCCUGGAGCCUGUGAGCCGCCCGGUGGAUUACGGCUUCGUUUCCGCUCUGGUUUUCCUGGUGAGCGGGAUCCUCCUGGUGGUGACUGCGUACACCAUCCCCCGAGAGGCCCGUGUCAACCCGGACACAGUGUCAGCACGGGAGAUGGAACGACUAGAAAUGUACUAUGCGCGCCUGGGCUCACACCUGGACAAGUGCAUCAUUGCAGGCCUGGGGCUGCUCACAGUGGGCGGCAUGCUCUUGUCCGUGCUGCUGAUGGUCUCCCUGUGCAAGGGAGAGCUGUACCGCCGGCCGAACUUCGUCCCUGGCAGGGGCUCCAGGAAGACCUACGGCUCCAUUAACCUGCGCAUGAGACAGCUCAGUGGGGAUGGGAGCCAGGCCCUGGUGGAGAACGAAGUCGUCCAGGUCUCGGAGACCAGCCGCACCCUCCAGGGGUCUUAA